AUGCACGCCCGCCUGCUGGCAGAUUUCCGCAGCCACAUAAGAUGGAGGGGCUGGCGGUGCGUUUGCGCACAACAGCGAUCGGCCUCCACAGAGGUCCAGCCCCUGCCCCCUCGGGCCCAAGUGGUUAUCUGUGGAGGUGGCAUCAUGGGGGCAUCUGUGGCCUACCAUCUGACUAAGCUGGGCUGGCAUGACAUCCUGUUACUGGAGCAGGGCAGGUUGGGGGCUGGUUCCACGCGAUUCUGUGCCGGGGCAGUGAGUACCGUCAAACACAUCUCUAUAGAGACUGAAAUGGCGGAAUAUUCCAACAGACUUUACCAGCAGCUGGAGGCGGAGACGGGAGUGCCGACAGGGUACACCAGGACAGGCACCAUUCUCCUGGCUCAGACGCAGGACCGACUCAUCUCUCUGCGACGGAUGAUGUCACGGCUGAGGAUGAAGGGAAUACCAUGUGAGAUCAUUACACCAAAGAGAGUAGGCCAACUCCACCCCCUCAUUAAUAUUCAUGAUCUGGUUGGUGCCAUGUACGUGCCAGAGGAUGCUGUGGUUUCCACUUCAGAUGUGACACUUGCCAUGGUGACCGCUGCACGGAGUAAAGGUGCUCAGGUCCAUGAACUCACCACGGUCAACCACGUUCUGGUAGAGAAAGGCCACGUCAGCGGAGUGGACACAGACCGCGGCCAGGUGGAGUGCGAGUAUUUUGUGAACUGCGCAGGACAGUGGGCCUAUGAGCUCGGCCUGUCCAAUGAGGAGCCUGUCAGCAUCCCGCUGCACGCCUGUGAACACUUCUACCUCCUGACCCGCCCCGUGGCCACGCCCCUGAGGGACAGCACACCCACUGUGGUGGAUCCCGACGGCAGGAUUUACAUCCGCAGCUGGCAAGGUGGAAUCCUGUCUGGAGGCUUCGAGAAGAACCCCAAACCCAUCUUCACCGAGGGACGCAACCAGCUGGAGAUUCAGAACCUGCAGGAAGACUGGGACCAUUUCGAGCCUCUACUCAGUGCUCUGCUGCGCCGGAUGCCGUCCCUGGAAGCGCUGGAAAUCUUACGCCUGGUCAACUGUCCGGAGUCCUUCACCCCUGAUAUGCGAUGUGUGAUGGGGGAGAGCCCUACACUAUGCAAGUAUUUUGUGUUGGCCGGGAUGAACUCUCAAGGCUGCUCACUGGGAGGUGGAGCUGGGAGGUUCCUUGCAGAAUGGAUGGUCCAUGGUUACCCCCAGGAUAAUGUGUGGCCUUUGGACAUCAAGCGUUUUGGGGCCCUGCAGAGCAGCAGGACCUUCUUGCGUCACAGAGUGAUGGAGGUCAUGCCUUUGAUCUAUGAUCUAAAAGUGCCCCGAUGGGACUUCCAGACUGGACGGCAGCUGCGAACCUCCCCUCUCUAUGACCGGCUUGAUGCCCAGGGGGCCCGAUGGAUGGAAAAGCAUGGCUUUGAGAGAGCCAAAUAUUUUGUACCUCCUGGAAAAGACCUGCUGGCCCUGGAUCAGAGUAAAACCUUCUACAAGCCGGACUGGUUCGAUAUUGUCGGCUCGGAGGUGAAGUGCUGUAAGGAGGCCGUAUGCGUCAUCGACAUGUCAUCCUUCACCAAGUUCGAGAUCAGCUCUCCAGGGGAUCAGGCGCUGGAAAUCCUGCAGUAUCUCUUCUCCAAUGACUUGGAUGUUCCCGUGGGGCACAUAGUUCACACCGGGAUGCUGAAUGAGCGCGGAGGAUACGAGAAUGACUGCAGUAUGGUGCGGCUCAAUAAGCGCAGUUUCUUCAUGAUCUCCCCUACAGAUCAGCAGGUCCAUUGCUGGUCUUGGUUGAAGCAGCACAUGCCCAGUGACAGUGAUUUACUGCUGGAGGACGUCACCUGGAAGUACACAGCUCUGAACCUGAUUGGUCCACGCGCCAUGGAUGUACUGUCUGAGCUGUCCUACACUCCCAUGACACCCGACCAUUUCCCAUCUCUGUUCUGUAAGGAGAUGAGUGUGGGCUACGCCAACGAUUCGUGUCAUGAGCAUGACCCAUACCGGAGAGCCGGGCUUCACACUAUACAUUCCCAUUGAGUACGCAUUACACGUCUAUAAUGAAAUAAUGAGUGUGGGACAAAAGUAUGGAGUCCGUAACGCCGGAUACUACGCCCUGAGGAGUCUGCGCAUUGAGAAGUUCUUCGCCUUCUGGGGUCAGGACCUGGAUGCCUUCACCACCCCGCUGGAAUGUGGCCGCGAAUUCCGAGUCAAGCUGGACAAGGGCUAUGACUUCAUCGGCCGGGAUGCCUUGCUCCGGCAGCGGGAAGAGGGCAUCUUGAAACGAUUCACUAUGUUCAUCUUGGAAGAUCAUGACACAGACCUGGACUUGUGGCCCUGGUGGGGGGAGCCCAUCUACCGCAAUGGGGAGCUCGUGGGCAAGACCACCAGCAGUGCCUAUAGCUACACUCUGGGCAGACAUGUGUGCCUGGGCUUCAUUCACAGCCAGAACCCCGUCACUCCUGAGUUCAUCAACCGAGGACAGUAUGAAAUAGAUAUCGCGGGACAAAGAUUCCAGGCCAAAGCCAAACUUUACCCCUUUAGUUCGCUGUUCACCCAGAGACGCCGGAAAGAAGACCUGGAAAUGGGGUACUGA